CAGCUGCGCCACCGCUUCCCGGAGCUGGCCGACCCGGGUACCUACUAUGGGUUCAGGUUCUGCCACCAGCUGGACUUCUCCACUAGUGGGGCGCUGUGUGUGGCUCUGAACAAAGCAGCUGCAGGGAGUGCUUACAGGUGCUUUAAGGAGCGGCGCGUCACCAAGGCUUACCUGGCGCUGGUACGGGGGCACGUCCAAGAGAGCCGGGUGACCAUCAGCCUCGCCAUCGGCAGGAGCUGCGUGGAGGGCCGUGCCCACACCAUGUGUACCGAGGGCACGCCGGGGUGUGAGAGCCCGAAGCCGAGCCUCACGGAGCUGGUGGUGCUGGAGCACGGGCUGUACGCGGGCGCCCCUGUCUCCAAAGUGCUGCUGAAGCCACGCACAGGGCGGACACACCAGCUGCGUGUGCACUGCAGUGCCCUCGGCCACCCCGUGGUGGGCGACCUGACAUACGGGCAACCCGGGGGCCGGGAGGCCCAGCCCUUCCGCAUGAUGCUGCACGCCCUCUACCUACGCAUCCCCACGCGGACAGAGCGCGUGGAGGCCUGCACGCCCGACCCCUUCCUGCCUGCCCUGGAUGCCUGCUGGAGCCCCCACACCCUGGAGCACCCGCUGGAGCAGCUCGUGCAGGCCCUGCAGGCCUCUCCUGACCCUGACCCCAUGGACGGGGGUCCCGGACCCUGCAACUCCACACCCCUGCCUGGGCCAGGCCGGCCCCCACCACCACAGCCCAAGAGCCCUGAGACCGAGACGCAGCGAGCUUCAUGCCUACAAUGGCUGUCAGAGUGGACUCCAGAGCCAGACAGUUGAGCUGGGCACCGGCUGGGCGUGGGGCUGCGUGUCAGAACCCUGGGCCCCUCCCAAGGCAGAAGUGCCCCUCGUGGGUGAGCAGGUGUGGGGUCUGCUGGGUCCUCCUGGAGGACUUGAUCCCCUGGGCUGCAGUGGUCAAGCCUGCGAGAAGAGCUAGAGAGGGGCUGCUGAGGCCAGCAGGGGGCACCAGGUAGCCAGGACUCCUGACAGGUGGGGGCCAGGCUGCAGGGCCAGGCUGCUCAGGUCUUCCCUCCUGAAGCAGUUCCCCUGGGGCCUCUAACUCACAGACCUGUCCAGGGUCCCCUGCCAGAGGGGUCAGAGCAAGGACUGGGCCUCUGACUUCACCCGCCCCUUGCACAGGCUGUGGGGUCUGCACACAUGGUUGGGGCAGCUCCUCGCCUUAGCACAGGGUCAGGACAGUGGCCGAGAGGCCCGCCGUGACUGCUGCUCCCACUGCAGGGUCUUGGCCCCACCACCUGCGUCCCCUUCACACAGCCAUGUCACCCAGCUGCUGCUGGCCUUGAGAAACUCGCAAUAAAUGGCCAAUGACCAGUC